CUAACGCCACUUGUGGAGUUCUUCCUCCGGCAGCUGUAACUUUACACCAGCCUGAGAGAGGCCUAUUUUUAUUCAGAAACCAGCAACCAGGGUGCCUGUAGAGAACGCUCAGAUGGAGGGCCAGCCCACCCCUUGAAGAUUUCUCACAGAUUGAUGGGGAAGGAACGUCUUGCCCUGCCAGCCUUUCUUUGAGAUUUCAGAAUUCUGCUGCUAUCAUACAGUUAGAGCCGAAUUGGUUGCUUGUGGGGGCGGGGGAGGUUUUUGAUGAGGCUGUUGCCUAACCUGCUGGAGCUGUCCCUGAACCCCACCUCUAGGCCUCUAAGCCCUGAUCCUCAGGCCAUCACGCGUGAGCCCGGCCCAGACCGUGGCCUGGUCACCUUGCUGCUGGAAUCGUUCCAAGCGCUGCUAGGGACAGGCUCACGUGGGGAGGAGCAAAGAGAUGAACGUAGCAGCCAAGUACCGCCAGGCAUCCCUGUAUGUGGGUGAUCUCAAUGCAGAUGUCACCGAGGACCUGCUGUUCAAAAAGUUCAGCGCCGUGGGGCCUGUGCUGUCCAUCCGCAUCUGCAGGGACCUGGUCACCCGCCGCUCGCUGGGCUAUGCCUACGUGAACUUCCUGAAGCUGGCUGAUGCCCAGAAGGCCCUGGAUACAAUGAACUUUGACAUGAUAAAAGGCAAACCCAUCCGUCUCAUGUGGUCUCAACGUGAUGCCUACUUAAGGAAAUCUGGCAUUGGGAACGUGUUCAUCAAGAAUCUAGACAAAUCUAUUGAUAAUAAAACCCUUUAUGAACAUUUUUCAGCUUUUGGGAAGAUCCUGUCCUCCAAAGUAAUGACUGAUGAUCAAGGCUCUAGGGGUUAUGCAUUUGUGCACUUUCAGAACCAGAUCGCGGCUGACAGGGCCAUCGAGGAGAUGAAUGGGGCCCUGCUUAAGGACUGCAGGCUGUUUGUUGGCCGAUUCAAAAACCGUAAAGAUCGGGAAGCUGAGCUCCAAAACAAGGUCAAUGAAUUCACCAAUGUUUACAUCAAAAACUUUGGCGAUGACAUGGAUGAUGAGAGACUGAAGGAAGUUUUUGGUAAAUACGGCAAAACCCUGAGUGUUAAGGUGAUGACAGAUUCCAGUGGGAAAUCCAAAGGCUUUGGCUUUGUGAGUUUUGAUAGCCAUGAGGCUGCCAAAAAAGCUGUUGAAGAAAUGAAUGGAAAGGACAUAAACGGACAGCUGCUUUUUGUAGGCCGGGCACAAAAAAAAUCAGAGCGGCAGGCUGAGUUGAAGCAAAUGUUUGAGCAGCUGAAACAGGAAAGAUUUCGGAGAAGCCGGGGCAUGAAGCUCUAUAUUAAGAACCUCGAUGAUACCAUCGAUGAUGAAAAACUGUGGAGGGAAUUUUCUUCAUUUGGAUCAAUUAGCAGAGUCAAGAUAAUGCGGGAAGAAGGGCGAAGCAAAGGGUUUGGGUUGAUCUGCUUCUCUUCUCCUGAGGAGGCCACUAAAGCAAUGGCUGAGAUGAAUGGGCGAAUCUUGGGCUCCAAGCCACUCUACAUUGCCCUGGCCCACAGGCCCUAGGAGAGAAAAACUUACUGCACCAGCCAGUGUUUGCAGCAGGCGUUGGAAUGAUAGUGAUCUCUGCCUGAAUUAUCCUGAGAAAAUUCCAAAUCCCAGCUGAUGGCCACUUAAUUUAGUAAACUUUGUGAUAAAAGGUUUUGUAUACAAAGCUAUUUUUUUCUUGUGUGGAAAAAAUAAAUGAAUCUUGGAAGCUUGA